AUGUUUAUAUUGCCCCGCGCCGUCUCGGCCGACGGUGGCGCGCGGUGUGAGCUGCAGCCUGCCGCAGCCCGGCGGGGGCCUGCUGCUCAAAGGCACACUGGAACAGGUUGGCUGGGCAGCGAGCGGCAGCCGGAAAAGGGCAGCGACGGCAGUGCCGACGACUCCGACGACGCCCCCGCCUCGGUGGACACCGAGGUGGACACCGAGACCGACUCCAAGGCCGAGGCCAGGCGGACCCCCAGCACCGCCACCGUCGCCCACCCUCGGCCCAACCCUCGGCCCAACACUCGGCCCAGCGCGCAGCUCUCUAGGUCAGAGAGCGCAGUGCGGGCAGAAGGCGCAUCGGGGCGGUCAUCCGCGCCGGCGACGGACUGGAGGACGGUGCGGGACCAGCUAAAGCAAGUUUUCGUGGCGUUCCCUGUGUUUCGCACUCCGCUGCCGGACGGCGGAGUGUCCUUCUCGUUUGCGAACGCACCGGACGCGCCGACCCCGAUGGAGGUCGAUCCGAGCCCGCCCACGUUUUCCGCGUCUGACUUCGUGUACCAAAUAAUGCAGAUGAACGCCACGCAACUCGAACAGCAGUUCAUGCAGCAGCAGCAGCAACUGCAAUUGCAGCAGCUGCGCGAUCAGGAGCGGCUGCAGUUCCUCCAGCACCAGAUGCAGCACCAGCAGAUGCAGAUGGUGCAGCAGCAGCUGCAGCGGCACCUCGAGGAGCAGCAGUUCAUUCAAAUGCAGCAGCAACAGCAACAGCAUAUCGAGGAGCAGCAGUUGAUUCAAAUGCAGCAGCAGCAGCAGCAGAUGCAGGAACACCCGUGGCUGCUGCAGCCCACCAUGACGGAGCAGCCGCCGCCGCCGCCUCAGGAUCGCGUCGUUUUCACUGAGUGGACCUUGGUGCUGCACUACAAGGCGUCGCAACGGCUCGUCGAACGACCGAUCGGGCGGAUCGAGUACGCCCCGCUGACGCCGGAGCCCGGGCCGGCACCGCCCGCCAGGGACUCGGCCCCCGCCGCCCCAGCCCCCGAGACCACCCCGUCGCGCCGCUCCCCACCCCCGUGUUGCCCCUGGCCCAGCGCGCCCAGCGCCUCGGAGGGCGACAUCGUGGACGAGGACUACGACGUGUUUUAA